GAAUGCAGGUGAGGAAAGGCACAGACUCUGCGGCUGCGAACCCAAACUUGGGCGCCGCGCGGUGCGCACUCCUCAGCCUUCACCCUCGCGGGCGAAAGGCUGCUGCGGUUUCAGGCGGCGGCUUCGUGACUAAUGACCUUGCGCAGAGUUGUUAAGAAAAAAAGAGAAACCCGAGCUCUCUGGGGUGAGAAGGGACUGACUAUCUGGGCGUCCCUGAAGAUGGCUCGGGCUGCUCUUCCACGCGCGGGGGGAACCCUGAAGCGGACCGCUGUGUGACUCGUGUCGUCUCCACUGCACGGUGCCCGAAGCGACCUGCCGGGAUUUUUCAUUCUGGAUCUGUUGACAGGCUCCCCCGCUGCCUGAGCGGAGUCGGAGUUGAGAUUGGCUUGUUGCUAGCCCUAGCACCUCGUGCAGGAAGCGACUCACGUUUGCCUGGUCAGCCGGAGCAGAAGCUGGGUCUGGAGUGAGUGACUGGAACGUGAAUUGGACGCAACUCGAGUAGCAGCAAAGACGAGCGGGGUUGGCAGGCGGGGGAGGUUGCAGGCUCGCUCCCCGCUGCUUCCAGGCUCCACCGCCGGCCUGACAGACCGGUUCCUGCCCCAUCCGACAGAGCGGGGACGGGAGCCCGGGAUCCUCUGCGCGUUGCGGUGAUGACUCUGCGGGGGCGGGGGCGGGGGCUCCGAGUCCGCGGCGCUCAGUGUCCCGUGAACUGUGAGUACUGCGACUGAACGGCGGCUGGCGAGCGGGCGAUUAGCACCCAUUGCAUGAAUUAUGAAACAAUAACUUUAGGAGGAAGCAGGAGGAAAAAAAAGAAGGAUCUAUCGCUGGUACCCCCUGGCCGACUCUGGACGUUGCUCUUGCCCCCUCCCUUUUCUCCCUCUCGCUUCUUCCCUUCACAGAGAGGGGAGAGGACUGGGAAGAGGGCAGGAGACCGGCCCCGGAGGAGGGGGGCGCCUAGGGGGCCGUGAUUAGAAGGAGCAGUAGCAGCAGCAGCAGGAGAAGAUGCUGAGGAUGCGGACCAUGGGAUGGGCGCGCGCCUGGUGCCUGGGCUGCUGUCUCCUCUUACCGCUCUCGGUAAGCCUGGCGGCCGCCAAGCAACUCCUCCGGUACCGACUGGCCGAGGAGGGCCCAGCAGACGUCCGCAUCGGCAACGUCGCUUCGGACUUGGGCAUCGUGACCGGCUCCGGUGAGGUGACUUUCAGCCUCGAGUCGGGCUCGGAGUACCUGAAGAUCGACAACCUCACCGGCGAGCUGAGUACCAGUGAGCGGCGCAUCGACCGCGAGAAGCUACCCCAGUGUCAGAUGAUCUUCGACGAAAACGAGUGCUUCCUGGACUUCGAGGUGUCGGUGAUCGGGCCCUCGCAGAGCUGGGUGGACCUGUUCGAGGGUCGGGUCAUCGUGCUCGACAUCAACGACAACACGCCCACCUUCCCGUCGCCUGUGCUCACGCUCACGGUGGAGGAGAACCGGCCAGUGGGCACUCUCUACCUGCUGCCCACUGCCACCGACCGUGAUUUCGGCCGCAACGGCAUCGAACGCUACGAGCUGCUCCAGGAGCCCGGGGGCGGCAGCGGCGGCGGCGAGGGCCGGCGCGCCGGGCCUGCAGACAGCGCCCCCUACCCCGGGGGCGGCGGGAACGGCGCGAGCGGCGGCGGCCCGGGUGGUUCCAAGAGGCGGCUGGACGCGCCAGAGGGCGGCGGCGGGACCAGCACCGGCGGCCGCAGCAGCGUGUUCGAACUGCAGGUGGCCGACACCCCGGAUGGCGAAAAGCAGCCGCAGCUGAUCGUGAAGGGGGCGCUGGACCGCGAACAGCGAGACUCCUACGAGUUGACCCUGCGUGUACGCGACGGUGGCGACCCGCCUCGCUCCUCCCAGGCCAUCCUGCGGGUGCUCAUCACAGACGUGAACGACAACAGUCCCCGCUUCGAGAAGAGCGUGUACGAGGCUGAUCUGGCGGAGAACAGCGCCCCGGGGACCCCCAUCCUGCAGCUGCGUGCCGCCGACCUGGACGUGGGGGUCAACGGGCAGAUCGAGUACGUGUUCGGGGCGGCUACCGAGUCCGUGCGGCGCCUGCUGCGCCUCGACGAGACGUCCGGCUGGCUCAGUGUCCUGCACCGUAUCGACCGCGAGGAAGUGAACCAGCUGCGCUUCACCGUCAUGGCCCGCGAUCGCGGGCAGCCCCCCAAGACCGACAAGGCCACGGUGGUCCUUAAUAUCAAGGACGAGAACGACAAUGUGCCGUCCAUUGAAAUCCGCAAGAUCGGGCGUAUCCCACUAAAGGACGGGGUGGCCAACGUGGCCGAGGACGUUCUGGUCGACACCCCCAUCGCCCUGGUACAGGUGUCUGACCGAGACCAAGGCGAGAACGGAGUGGUCACCUGCACCGUGGUGGGCGAUGUGCCCUUCCAACUCAAGCCGGCCAGUGACACAGAAGGCGACCAAAACAAGAAAAAGUAUUUCCUGCACACCUCGGCCCCUUUGGACUAUGAGACCACCCGGGAGUUCAACGUGGUCAUAGUGGCGGUGGACUCGGGCAGUCCCAGCCUCUCCAGCAACAACUCCCUGAUUGUCAAGGUGGGAGACACCAAUGACAACCCGCCCGUCUUCGGUCAGUCGGUGGUGGAGGUAUACUUUCCCGAGAACAACAUCCCUGGCGAGAGGGUAGCCACGGUGCUGGCGACAGACGCAGACAGCGGGAAAAACGCUGAAAUCGCCUACUCGCUGGACUCUUCCGUGAUGGGGAUCUUUGCCAUCGACCCCGAUUCUGGGGACAUCCUCGUCAAUACGGUGCUGGACCGCGAGCAGACUGACAGGUAUGAGUUUAAAGUUAACGCCAAAGACAAAGGCAUCCCGGUGCUACAGGGCAGCACCACAGUGAUUGUGCAGGUGGCUGACAAGAAUGACAAUGACCCUAAGUUUAUGCAGGACGUCUUUACCUUUUAUGUGAAAGAAAAUUUGCAGCCCAACAGUCCCGUGGGAAUGGUCACAGUGAUGGAUGCUGACAAGGGGCGCAAUGCAGAGAUGAGUCUUUACAUAGAGGAGAACAGUAACAUUUUUUCCAUUGAAAAUGACACGGGGACCAUUUACUCCACAAUGUCUUUUGACCGGGAACAUCAGACCACAUACACAUUCAGAGUCAAGGCUGUGGAUGGGGGAGAUCCUCCCAGAUCCGCAACAGCUACAGUCUCUCUCUUUGUGAUGGAUGAGAAUGACAAUGCCCCCACAGUUACCCUUCCCAGAAAUGUUUCCUACACUUUACUGCCACCUUCAAGUAAUGUCAGGACAGUAGUAGCUACGGUGUUGGCAACAGACAGCGAUGAUGGCAUCAAUGCAGACCUUAACUACAGCAUUGUGGGAGGGAAUCCCUUCAAGCUGUUUGAGAUUGAUUCCACCAGUGGUGUGGUUUCCUUAGUGGGAAAACUCACCCAAAAGCAUUAUGGCUUGCACAGAUUGGUGGUGCAAGUGAAUGAUAGUGGGCAGCCUUCCCAGUCUACCACGACUCUGGUGCAUGUGUUUGUCAAUGAAAGUGUUUCUAAUGCAAGUGUGAUUGACUCCCAGAUAGCCAGAAGUUUGCACACCCCACUCACCCAGGAUAUAGCCGGUGACCCAAGCUAUGAAAUAAGUAAACAGAGACUCAGUAUUGUCAUUGGGGUUGUUGCUGGAAUUAUGACGGUGAUUCUAAUCAUCUUAAUUGUAGUGAUGGCAAGAUACUGCCGGUCCAAAAAUAAAAAUGGCUAUGAAGCCGGCAAAAAAGAUCACGAAGACUUUUUUACACCGCAACAGCAUGACAAAUCUAAAAAGCCUAAAAAGGACAAGAGAAACAAAAAAUCUAAGCAGCCUCUCUACAGCAGCAUUGUCACUGUAGAAGCUUCUAAACCAAAUGGACAGAGGUAUGAUAGUGUCAAUGAGAAGUUGUCAGACAGCCCAAGCAUGGGCCGAUACCGAUCAGUUAACGGUGGGCCUGGCAGUCCUGACCUGGCCAGGCAUUACAAAUCUAGUUCCCCAUUGCCUACUGUCCAGCUUCACCCCCAGUCACCAACUGCAGGAAAAAAACACCAGGCCGUACAAGAUCUACCACCAGCUAACACAUUUGUGGGAGCAGGAGACAACAUUUCAAUUGGAUCAGAUCACUGCUCUGAGUACAGCUGUCAAACCAAUAACAAGUACAGCAAACAGAUGCGUCUGCAUCCAUACAUUACUGUGUUUGGCUGAAUUCCACUCUAAUAUGAUGCUCCAUUAUGCACCAUACUCUGAUGACCUUGCUGCUUCGCAACCUGCUGGAGCCUGCCCUUGGCCGUGGGGUGUCAGCCAAUCACUGCUUGUCCCACUUGUUGUGCAUCUGAUUUUCAAGGUUUUUUGUCUUGUUUUGUUUUUUUCUCAUUUAAGGAAAAAUAGUAAUGAAAUAAAUGUAUAAAAGAAACAGUAUUAAUAAAGAAAUGUGCUACUAAUGGAUGUCUAAGUCACCAGGAACUCCUUUCUCAGAGUGGUGGUUAGCAGAACUUAACAGUGAAGUCUUUUUUAAAAAAGACCCCAAAAGCGUAUUUCAACAAUGAUUUUAAGACACUGGCUUUGUGUAAACCAAGAAAAAUUAAGUCUAUGAAGUCUUUGUCUAUAAUACAUUAAAAAAUGACUUUGAAUAAAAUCCUAAAUUGAUCAAU